AUGGACGCCUCCGUCCUCGACCAGUUCCGGCAGGCGGUGCUGCUGUCGUUUGACGUUCAGGCGCUCCACACCGCCACCGCCAUGCGCCGCCGAGCGGACGCACAGCUGCGCAGCCAGGCGAACGCGUCGCUCGAGGCGCUCAAGGGGUCGGAGGAGGGCGGCAGGUUUGCGCAGCUCGGCGAAGACGCAAAGGCGAGCGCGUACGUCGCCAGCCUCGCCUCUUCCUCGGACAGCGACACCACGCCGCCGUAUGUCCGAAACAAGUUCUCGCAGCUGUACGUCGCGCUGAUGCGGGCGGAGUACCCCGUGUCGGACGCGCAGGCGGCGUCCCGCGUCAAAGACGCGGCGGCCUCUCGCGUCAAGGACGCGAUGCGGGAGCAGUGCGUCUCGCGCGUCGUCGAGGCCCUCGACUCGCCGCUCGCUGAUAGCGCGUGCCACUGCUUGCGCGCGGUGGUCGAGAAGCGGAUGGAGCCGGCGCCAAAGCUGCAGCACCUGCAGUCGAUCCGCGCCUGUUCCCUCGAGCUUUUUUACGUCUGGGACAGGCUCUCCCAGCGCGGCGGCGAGGCGGCGGGCGAGGGAGCGGCCGAUCUGCUUCGCGCGUCGAUGCCGCUGCUGCUGGCGGCGCUCGCCUCGGACAAAGCUCGCAGGCUAGCGGCGCUCGCCUCCGACGGGCUCGAGGUGUCGUCGAGCACGAUGCCCUUCCUGCACGCGCUUCGCAAGCUGCUCCCGGCGGCGAGCGCCAUCGCGCAGCACGAGGCGCACCUGCAGCAGCUGCUCGUCCAGCUCGCUCGCCGGUCGGACCCAGACGACGACGAGACCAGCUUUGCGGACUACCGCAGAGAGGUGUCGACGCUGUUCCGCUCCGCCGCGCGCGUGCACCCGUCCCUCGCGUGCGCGUUUGUCAAGUCGACUUUACAGUCGGUGCUCGGCGCCAGCGACGCCGAGCGGCUAGAGGGCGUCCAAUGGUCUCACGUCGAGGUUGCGCUGUGGCUGCUGUACUUGCUGGGGGAGGGGCUGCCCGAGGCGGCCACGCGCGAGAUCGCCUCCCCUACCCCCACGGCGACCACGCGCGAGAAGGGCGGGCCGUUCGGGGAGCUGAUGGUCGCCCUGCUCUCCUCGUCUGCCGCGUCGCACCCGCACGCCGCCGUCUCGCUCCAGUACCUCGAGAUCGUGGUGCGGUACUACCGCUUCUUCCUGCAGCAGCCGGCGCUGCUGCCCGACACGCUGCGCUCCUUCCUCGGCGCGCGCGGCAUCCGGUCGCCGCAGCAGGCGAGAUCUGGGGAGAUGUGGGGAGAUGCGACUCAGCUCGAGAUCGCAGCCUCGCUCGUCGACACGCUGCAGCGGCAGCCCGCGCCGCGCUCUUUGCGCGACGGCGGCGGCGGAGGCGGCAACGGGGCGGACGGCGCGGCGGCCACUGAUUUUGGCGGUGGCGGCGGGGGGCAUGGGCGCGAACCUUUUCGGAAGCUUCCCGCAGGCGGGGAGCCGGCGUGCGGGCUGCUGCUCGGCUCGGGCCUCGCCUCCGAGGAGCAGGCGGCGGCGGCAGCGGCCAAGCUCUCCGAGCUGCUAGCCUUGCCGAUGAACCAGCUGCAGGCGACUUCGAUGUAG